UGAAGUCAAUUAAGACAAGUCAGAAUGAAAGCAACAGUCAAGCCUUUGAUCACUUACUGUAAAAGUAUAAGCAAAAAACUCAAUCACAGAUUUCUGCCAACCAGGUAUAGGGUCGCUAUGAGUCCGGAUCUACUCAAAGGCAAUGGGUUUGUUUUUUUAUUUUAAAUUUUUUAGGUAGCAGCUCUGGGGAAGGUCAGGUGGAUCAGCAAAGGUUUGGGGCUAACUGCUUAGGGAGCAUUUAAAUUCUGCAUUUUUACGGAAGUGGGAGGAGGCUAGGAGUGGAAAAGUACUGAGUAAAUCAGGGUGGAGAAAGUGUUUUCAAGGCUCCUUCCUCUACCCACUAUCCUCUCCCCAAAAGGAGGUUUCAGCAGAAGCACCCAAACCAGUUGCUGUGGAGUACAUUACAACUCACGGGGACCUUGUGUGUCAGAGUAGAGCUGUGCUCCACAGGGUUUUCAGUGGCUGAAUUUUUGGAAGUAGAUCACCUUUCUUCUGAGGCAUCUCUUGGGCUGACUUGAACUUCCAACUUUUUGGUUAGCAGCUUUUAACUUUUUGCACCACCCAGGGACCCAGGCCUCUUCCAAAGACCCUCCAUUAAGAAGCUUCUCAAAAUGGCAACACCUCGACUUGGAAUGUAGCUAUGAGUAUAGCCUGCCAAAAGGAUCUGAGUAUUUGACUGCAACUUCUUUCAGAGACUGCAGUGUGUUGACUGUGCACCAAGUCUGGAAUGAAUAGGGCAGAUUUUCCAUGGGAGGCCCACGAGAAAAGAGAACACAUACAUAUAUACACACACAUGAAGAGGUCAGAGAUGUCAGAUGAAGAAAGAUACGUGACACAGAAUGUACAACCCAAGGAAAGAAGUUCCGUUCAAACAUCCCAACUUAAAUUUAAAGAUUGUUUGGUGAUGUUGCACUGGUAUAAAACUUUAUUGGGAAUAUCUGGAAUAGUAAAUUGUAUUCUGACCUUGACUUUGAUCACUCUGACUCGUUUGGCUUUUCAGGGAGUGUUGCUACAAUGCCCAAAAGAAAAUAGUCCAAAUAUCACCCAUGAAGAGGAAAUUGGAAACCUGAAAGUGAAUAGUGAAGCAAGAAGAAAUAUAAGUAAUAAGGACACAGACCCCUGUGUUUCAAGAACUACAGGCCAAACAGGAUUGUGCCCAUCGGAAUGGCUAAAAUAUCAAGAGAAAUGUUACUGGUUCUCUAAUGAAUUGAAAAGUUGGAGUGACAGUUAUGGGUAUUGCUCUGACAGAAAAUCUCACCUACUAAUAAUACAGGACCAACUUGAAAUGGCUUUUAUACAGAAAAAUCUGAGGCAAUCAAACUAUGUGUGGAUUGGACUUAAUGUUACCUCCCUGAAGAAGACAUGGACCUGGGUAGAUGGUUCUCCAUUAGAUCCAAAGCUAUUCGUCAUAAAGGGACCAGCUGAAGAGAACAGCUGUGCUGCCACCAAAGAAAACAAAAUUUACUCUGAAACCUGUAGCAGCGUUUUCAAAUGGAUUUGCCAAUAUUAGGGUUUAAAAAAAAAACGAUAGUGGGAUAAUUAGCAAAGAUUUUGAUAUAAUAUUCUAAUUGUUAAUCUUUUAGGAGUAAGCCUUUAAAAAUGAAAUUAAAUGCCAAAAUCGCUUUUCCCUCUGUCAUUUCUGUUGGUCUUAGCUUCAGAGUAGCUCACACUAAUAAUCUAGUAUGUACCGUUCUAAAUGUUUUAUAUCAUAAUAUAAUCCAGUGUGAGUCCAUGUUUUUAUAUCUGGAAUUUAGUUGUUGUUUAUUUUAUAACAAAUAUGAUGAAAUAAUGUCUGCUUUUCUGUGUCUUGAUUUUUCUGCUUUUAGGAUCUUAUGAAAAUGUCUUAUAGUUCUAAGGGUAGCAUAAUAGUGUGGACUUAUAUAUACAUAUAUAUUUUAGCAAAUCAAUUUUCACAUUUUUCUUUCUGUGUAGCAUCUAGCUACUGCCACACUAUCUUCACUGAAGUAAUAACCUCUUUAUUAAUGGGUGUUUGUUUUUAGGCUUUGCUACUAUAAAUUAUGCUACAGUAAACAUCCCAAAUAUAUUGUCUUAAGUAGUGGUGCUUUUAUUUCGAUGAUAUAAAUCCUAAAAAUGAAUAUUCUGGGUAAAAGUGUUAAAUGUGUUGUUUGUUUUAGGUUUUACCAAUUUUUUUUAUACAGAGCACUUUUUAAAAAAAAAAUCAGAAAUUAUCAAAGACUCAUAAAAAGAUGGCAGGUCUAGAACAAAUAACUUUUUUUUUUUCUUCUGAAACUAUUGAGAAUAAGUUGCCAAAUUGAUGCACCAUCACCCCUGGAUAUUUUAGUGUGUACUCCCUACAAAGACCUUCUCCUACAUAAC